UUGUGAGCGCCCGCCCCGAGGAGGAGUAGGAGGCGGAAGAGGCGGCGGCCGCCGCGGACUCGUUUCUGGCCCGCUGGACUCGGCUCCCUGCGCUGCUGGGAGGGCGUCCUCUGCCGCGUCCUCCGCUCGCCGCCAGCCCAGCUCUCCUGCCCUCGGUGGCCCGGGAGGAACGGAACUGCAGUUGCACAGGAAGUCGCGGCUGCUUGGGAGCCACAUACAACACACGCAGAGGGGGGCAGCCGGCUUUGCCGCACUCCAGGCGAGAGGCGCCCUGCACCGGAGCCGGGCGCCCCCACCCCAGCGCCCUCCUCCCUGGAGCAGCAGCGGCGGCGGGCCCGAUCGCGCGCUGGUGCUGAGGCCAGGGGCUCGGAGCUGGAGCACCGCCGCCGGGUACGAGAAGUCCCGCCGCCACCGGGAGUAGAGGCGGCUGCAGGACUGUUAUUCUGAGUGAAGGACCUUGCAAGCGCCACUAAGCAGUUAUCAUGGGCUUAAUUGCAUUUCUGAAGACCCAGUUUAUUGUUCACCUCCUGAUUGGGUUUGUCUUCGUUGUGAGUGGGUUCAUCAUUAACUUCAUCCAACUAUGCACACUAAUCCUCUGGCCUAUAAGCAAGCAGUUUUAUCGACGAGUAAACUGUCGCCUUUCCUAUUCGUUGUGGAGCCAGUUAGUGAUGUUACUGGAAUGGUGGUCAGGCACAGAAUGCACUUUGUUUUCGGACCAGGCUGCAGUGGAUAAGUUUGGAAAAGAGCAUGUCAUCAUUAUCCUGAACCACAACUUUGAAAUCGAUUUCCUAUGUGGCUGGACCAUGACAGAGCGCUUUGGUGUGUUGGGGAGCUCAAAAGUUCUUGCUAAGAAAGAGCUGCUUUGUGUGCCCCUAAUUGGCUGGACAUGGUACUUCCUGGAGAUUGUUUUCUGCAAAAGGAAAUGGGAAGAAGAUCGAGACACUGUUAUUGAAGGGCUAAAACGAUUGGCUGAUUAUCCAGAAUAUAUGUGGUUUCUCUUGUAUUGUGAAGGAACUCGUUUUACAGAGACCAAGCAUCGUAUCAGCAUGGAGGUGGCAGAAUCUAAGGGAUUACCUAAACUGAAAUAUCACCUGUUACCGAGAACCAAAGGCUUUACUACUGCUGUCCAGUGUCUCAGAGGAACAGUUUCAGCAGUGUAUGAUGUAACAUUAAACUUCCGAGGAAACAAGAACCCAUCCUUAUUAGGAAUCCUUUAUGGGAAGAAAUAUGAAGCUGAUAUGUGUGUCAGGAGGUUUCCUCUUGAAGAUAUCCCUUUGGAUGAAAAGGAAGCAGCAAAGUGGCUUCAUAAACUUUACCAGGAAAAGGAUGCUUUACAAGAGAAGUAUAAUCAAGAAGGUAUAUUUCCUGGGCAGCAAUUCAAACCUCCCAGAAGACCUUGGACUCUCCUAAACUUUCUUUUCUGGGCCACAAUUCUCCUGUCUCCUCUUUUCAAAUUUGGUUUUGGAAUUUUUGCAAGUGGAUCACCUCUCCUGAUUCUUGCAUUCCUGGGCUUUGUUGGAGCAGCUUCCUUCGGUGUUCGUAGACUGAUAGGAGUAACAGAAAUAGAAAAAGGCUCCAGCUAUGGCAACCAAGAAUUCAAGAAAAAGAAAUAAUUUUACAGAUGCAGUUCAGAACACAUAACAAGACUAUGGUAUCAAAUUAACUUCAUUGAAAGAAGGACACUUAGAAAACUUAUCUUCUUUUCUUAUUAACUGAUAACUAAUAAUACUUGAGCCAAGACUGAAGAAAAAUGGAGGAUUUAAGAGAAGUUGACUACUUACCUGCCCAAGGAUAACUGUAUUCAUGGUUUGGGGGGAGAAUAUGAGCUAAAAAAAACUCUAUUCUGCUUUAUCAGGGGCGGGAUGAGGUAACUAAUGGGUGGAACUUCACAUGUCAUCAGAUAACUGGUUUGCCUUUCAAGAGUGCAAAAUCUGCUUUAUGAGAAGAGCUGCUGAACGUUUCUUCUUGCUAAAACCAUUUCCCCCCAGUUCUUACCAUUUUUUAAAAAAACAAAACAAUAAAGCUGCAUACAUUGCAGCAAAAUAUAAUCUCUAGUUAAUUUACAGCUGUUUCUUGAGGGGAAAGUCGCUUGGAAAAUUCUGUAGAUUUUUUAGAUAAUAUUUAUUAACUUCCCCCCAAAAAUAUGAUGGAAUUUUGUGGGCCUGCAGUCCGUUACUGAUAAGCACAUUCUUUAGGCCAAACUUGACAAAUACGAAUAUAGUUUCAAACUGUUUUCACUCACUUCGUUUUGUUUGUCUCAGUAAAAAUUGGAACAUGCUCGGUUGAGUUUCCUUUGUAUAUCUUGGUCUGUUUUAAAAUUUUUAUGAUGACCCUGGCAUUUGGAUUUAUGUGACCCAAGCUAUUCAGUUGCCUGGCCCUGGUGUUCCUUCCAAAGAACCAUCUUCCUGCAUGGCUUAUCAUGAAAAUAGCCUAAGCCAGCUUUGGUAUAGGGAAAGUACCAUAUUUUUGAAAAUGAUAAAAGAAAUACAAUGAGAACUAGUACACAUUCAGUGAGUACUAUACUUCCAGGGCUGCAAUCCUAAGCGUGCUCACCUUAAAGUAUUUUCAUCUGAAAUCCAGUGGAAGUUGUUUCAAGGUAAAUGUGUCAUUUACCUACUUAGCACAACAUAUGCACACCUAGACCAACAGCCACUUCAGAGCUUUUAAAAAAUCUUUAAUACCUAAACUUCUGAUGGUUCAGAAAUGCUAUAAAUUAGUGAGAUCAGUGUGGCUCUUGUCGUCUGACUCAAAGCAUGCUUACAGGAGCAUGUUUAAAAGGGGUUAUUUGUAACUAUAUGGCAGUGGUAUAUACCUUCUUCAGUACAGAGACAAAAUUCUGCCAUCAGCUCCAGAACACUAAAAAUCUGUAACUUGAUCUCUAGGAAUAGAAAUGAAAGCCAAACUAGGCGAUGCUUUUCCUUAAGAUGUGAUAUUAAUGCAACUUCCUUAUCUAAGAGGAUAUAACCAGUUUUUAAUUGUAUUAAAUCACACAUCCCUUCUCUCACAUAACCAAGGGUGAAUGUGUAAUAUUUUACUUUACCUAAUAUAUGUUGCAUUGUUUAUACCUGAAAGCGCUCAUUUAAGAGUUUUCAAAAUAUGCUUGGGGAUUUCUAAAUGGGAGGCUUUUGAAGUUGUCUUAUGGGUAAUCAUCAAAAUAACUGAUAGGCCUGCAUGGGAGAGAAUGUAUGUUUAAAAACAGUUCAUGAAGUUGGCUUGACAUAUAUACUUCUGCAGUUCCUACUGCUGAGAAGACAUGCUAGAUUUCCAGCUGAACAAGUGCUUGCUUCUUCAAUGGGGGGAACGCAGCAGCAAAAGCUCUGACUGCAUGCAGAUCCCGUCCCACAUGUAUUAAUAAUUUUCAAAAUACCUUUUGUUUGUAACUUGCCACUUUGAAGUCUGGAAAAAUGUGUACUUUGGAUCAUAGCCUAUAGAGUCCAUUUGUGUUUGUUGUAUCAUUCUCCCACCAAAAGAUUGCACUAUCAGUCCCAGAUCAGGCAAAGUGUGCUGCCCAAGAGGUGAUAAAAUCUACCUGCACUCUGAGGAUGGACAGCUGUUACUAACUUCAUUGGAAGUUGAAAAUGUGCUUCUUGGGGAUGGGCAGAUUCCAGCCAUGACAAUUUUAUAACUGGGUUUUCUGGGGUUUGUUUUAUUUUUAAACCAAGCUUCCCAGUUACAGAAAGAAGCUUCUACUUUUCUCUGAUUUCUAACCAGAGAACAGAAAGACUUGCUUUUAAAAAAUACUUAUUAAAUAACUCUUGCUUGUUGGAAAGGUUUUUUUAAAAAAACAGAUGCUGUAUAAUUGCUUUCUGAAGAUGAUGUUGAAUAUGUUUUCACUACACUCAGUAUCCAAAAACAAAGCAGAACUUGUAAAGAAGAAAGACCGUUGUGAGGAAGAAAUUUGUUACUGGUGGAUGAGGCCAGAAAUGUUAACUGUUUAGUGGGGCAGGAGUGGUGAAGGUCAAGCAGGAAGAGACUGCAAAGAAGAAAAGACAGAGCAUAUAAAAUCUUUUUAAUGGGAAUCUGGUCUCCACUCAGAGCAGAACAACUCCUGCUUAAAGCUAAGGGGAGAGAUGCAUGUACAUUUUGGGGAGAAAAAGCAGAUGAAUUUCCUCUUGUUUGAUUUUCAUAUCAUGACAAAUCAAUCGUUUUGUUUUAAAAGCAUAGUAAAUAAACACAUUUAAUUAGUUUGAAAUUCUAGAAAGACAUAACUUCAAAAACUGCACAAUAUAGUACAUGACACCACAUCUUUUUGAACUUUGGUUUGUCUCUUCAAAUAGGUUUUUAAAUAAAUAUGCAGAGUGUGUAUGAAAGAAUAUUAUUGGAAAUAGUAAGCUUGUCUCAUAAAGAAUAUCAAGUGGUUUGGAUUGGAACAGUGAGCAUAGAUUUUAUACCUUACACUAUUUUCUUCUGGUUUAAUAGAACAUAGCUUGUAUAUUUGACUACCAAGCCCUUUGAGAGCAAUAAUAAACAAAUAUAUCAUGAGCUUU